AUGAAAUUCAAUGUUGGAGCCAGGCAGCUCAGUAAGGGGCUGACAGGGCAGGGAGAGGAAACUACUACUCAGCUUCUAAAACUGGCUCACAAAUACAGACCUGAGACCAAGCAAGAGAAGAAACAGAGGCUGCUGGCUCGUGCUGAGCAGAAAGCUGCAGGAAAGGGGGAUGCUCCUACUAAGAGACCACCUGUCCUCAGAGCUGGUGUCAACACUGUCACUACCCUAGUAGAGAACAAGAAAGCUCAGCUGGUAGUGAUUGCCCAUGAUGUAGACCCCAUUGAGUUGGUGGUCUUCCUGCCUGCCUUGUGCCGCAAAAUGGGAGUUCCGUACUGUAUCAUCAAGGGCAAGGCCAGACUGGGGCGGCUGGUCCACAGAAAGACCUACAGUGUUGCCUUUACACAGGUUAACCCUGAGGAUAAAGGAGCCCUAGCCAAGUUGGUUGAGGCUGUCAAGACCAACUACAAUGACAGAUAUGAUGAGAUCCGUCGUCACUGGGGUGGUAAUGUGCUGGGGCCAAAAUCAGUGGCUCGCAUUGCCAAGCUUGAGAAAGCCAAGGCUAAAGAACUAGCCACCAAGCUGGGCUAAGUGUACUGGAUUUACAUUUUUCUGUACAUAAAAAAUAAAAUCUAA